AAAACGUUGUUUAUGUCUGCGAACGUGUUCUCUAUCCAUGGCCUAUAUAACACCGCAUAUCAUUGUUGUAAAGUUUGAGUAACCUUCAGGUUUGACCAAUCAGAGAUCUGAAUACAAAGGUUUUGGUGGUCACUACAAAAUGGCUGCCUCCGUGUCGGUCAUGCUGUUAUCAUCACGGAGCUAUAGUUUUCUGAAAUGUUUACCGAAUUACAUUUUGCGAAUACAAUGUGCAUCAAAAGAUGCUAAAAAUUCACCUGAUUAUUAUUUAGCAACGAGACGUCUCGACACUACAAUAUAUGAAAAUGAUGUCACAGAAGAAAAUGAAGAAUUCUUGAAAGAGUGGAAUCUCAAAAAACACAAAUUCGACACGAGUCCAUUGAAAGAACCCCCGUGGGAAAAAGGUGUCUGGACACCAAAAUCCAAACGCACAGGUUUGGUUGGAAUGAAACUUGGAAUGGUUAGGCAGUGGACAAAAGAUGGCGAGCAAGUUGCAGCAACUGUGGUCCAGAUCUUAGAAAAUGAAGUUUUGAAAUAUGAAAGUCCAGCAGAGUACAAGUAUAGUCAUAGACGAGCAAACUAUGGAGCAAUUAUAGUGGGCGCCAAAAACAUACCACCAGACUCUAGAGACAGAACUUACCUGGAUUUGUUCAAGGGAACAGGUAUUCCUGUGAAGGACUUUUUGGCGACCUUCACAGUCUCAGAAAAUUCAAAGCUUCAGCCAGGGACGCCAUUAUUUGCAGCUCAUUUCAAACCCGGGAUGAAAGUUGAUAUAUGUGGUAAAACGAGAGCAAAGGGUUUCCAAGGCGUGAUGAAACGGUGGGGUUUCAGUGGGCAACCUGCCUCUCACGGAGCGACUAAAACCCACAGGAGAAUUGGUGGGGUCGGUGGAGGAGGAUCACCAGGCCGGGUGUGGCCUGGUAAGAAAAUGCCUGGGAUGAUGGGAGAUAGAUGGAGGUGGAAGUACAACUUACAGAUUCUACGCAUCAAUACCAAGCAUAAUCUUCUAUAUAUCAUUGGAAGUUUACCUGGAUUUAUGUAUGAUUUCUUGAAGAUCAAAGAUUCGGACCUCACUCUUUUAACAUCUGCACCUCCGUUCCCAACAUUCUCUCCAGAUUUAGAUAACCCUCUUCCCGAGGAUCUCUACGCUGAUCACAUCUUUCAAUUUUCUGAUGAGAGCAUUAAAUAUGAAGAAGAAGAAGAAAGAGAAGAAGUAAUUUGAAAACAAAAUAUUAAUUGACUAAUAAUAGACUUGUAACGAUUGUAAACUUUGUUAAUCUUGUUUAUUAUUAACCAUGUUUUUGGCAUGAUGGUGCACAAGAGAAUGCCUUGGUGAGCUGGUUAUAAGAGUGGUUGUAAGUUUAAGAAGAAUAAGAACACUCAGUGCUGGAUCCAUAUGGAGGGUGUGGGUAGGGCAUAUUUACUCUAGCUUUGCCUCCUGUGUUUGAAAUCCAGGAUCUAUCCGUAUAUGUUUGUAGUUCAUCAGGGAUAAACUUUCCUCCUGAGCACACACUGUCCUG